CCAUUCUCCACACCGCGCGCACGCAGCCCCACAUACCACGAGUCCCCGGCAGAAAAGCAAAGCAAGUGGUCUCCCGAGGAGGAUGCCCUGAUGAUCGAGCUCCGGGGCAGCGGGAUGAAAUGGGACGACAUCUCGAAACGUCUUCCCGGACCGGGCAGGAGCUCCAUCAGCUGCCGCCUCCAUUACCAGAAUUACCUAGAGAGACUGGACGCAGCAAGUGGGACGAGGAGCGCAAGAACAAACUCGCGAGGCUCUACGAGAGGGGAGCCUUGCUCAGCCUCUACCAUAAUUUUCCUGGUGGUUCCCCUCGGGUUCAAACCCGUCGACGACUUCUUCGACUAAGCCGUACUGUGGACUGGAAGGGAUUAUUGGCAUGGGGCUGACUGGGCUGGAAAGGGGUAGUAGGAGAUUAUAUCUCAUUUUUUCUCCGACUAAGGUGUGGCCGAAAUCCAAGUAGCUCCAUUGACGGUACCCCAAAAUCGA